UAGAGUGAAAAGAAAGUCUUAUUUUAUUUUUUUUGUGAUUAUAAGAGGAAAGGAGGGAAUAUUGGUGGGACCUUGAUCCACCGAAAUGUAUUUUUUGGUUAUAUCCAUAAUCCAUCUGUAACAGAUGAGCAAUAUGCGUAAUGCGUGUAUGGGAUUGGAAAGUCAAGAGUGGGGACAAGAGUUCAGUGUGUGUGUGUGUGUUUUACCUUGUAGCAAAAAACACCAAAACUGCCUCUAUAUUUGCUAAUCCAACAUGGUAGAUGACAACACACAUUGCUAAAGUGACAUCUAAAGAUAGACUUGUUGAUUACCUAGCUGAAGAUGCAAAAAUAAACUUGGUUAUUUUAUACACUCACUUUCUCUCUCCUCUGUGAAUGACCUCUUAAUGGAGAAGUUAAAGUACCUUUUUCAUCUCUAUGAAGUAUAUGUACUUUAUACUUUCUUUGAUUGGCUAAAUUCGGGAUUAUAAAACAAAAAGUAACGCCCAUGAAUGAUCAUAAAAAAAAUGUUUUUUUAGAAAACAAAAUAUGGGAACUUAGGAAAUAAGUUGAAUUCCAUAGCUUACUUCAGUUUCAGGAAAAAAAAGUUGGGACUUAGCAAACAAGUUUAUCUUUAUGGCUUAUAUCGGUCUUCAUCAUAUAUAAGAGAAGCAUGUAUUGUACUAAUAUUGAAGUGAUCAUUUGUUUGUAGUAGCAGUAGUAGAAGUUCAUAGGUAUUAUGGCCUACAUUCCUCCACACAAGCGUCACUCAUACGAAGCUGGUAGUAGUAGUGAUAGGCAUAAUAGACCCUCACCAAUCCCACUAUCGCUUGUUCCUCAAUUCAGGAGAAACCUUAAUUUGAGGUUGCCACCCAAACCCUUUUCACAAAGAAGUGGAAAGAUCGUUUAUAAGUAUGCAGAGCAGGCUAUUUCCACAUGGUUUCCUGUUGGUUUGGAUCACAAUCACCAGUUUCCAUCUUCUGUACAUGUUGACUCUGUUCCCUUGCAGCUUUUUGAGAGAACAACAGGAAUAAAUCCACUAGUUUUGUUCAACAACAACAAUCAUCCAGUUGAGCAAGUGAGGAGUCCAUGGGUGCAUAUAGCAGAAAAUGUUGUGUCAGACUUGCUUUCUUCCUUCGAAAAUGUCAAAAAUGAAAUCUUGGACUUGGAAGAUGUCAAGCCAAAGUUGGUUGCUAGAUUUGGAAAAAUUCUUUUUCAUGAGAGCCCUUCAAUCAGCGAAGAAACUAUGAGAGUAGGUUUGGCUACAGAAACUACAUUGAGUCAAUUGAGGAGAUCAUUUUACACAAAUAUUCCGAAUUCAUAUAUGGAAAACAUUAAGGGAGAAGUUGCCCAAAAGAUUAAAUUUGAUUUUGAAGAGGAGAAAGAUUUAUACCUUGUAAAGUUGUGUGAUGCCACACUACCAGAUUCAAAUAUUUCUUGCAAAUGCAGUGUGAUAAAAGAAGAUAAAAGGCUUCAGCUUUAUAAGAUUGAACUACAACAAGUGCGUCAUAUGGUCGUAGACAUAUCAUGCCUUGAUAAAAACUUAGACCUAAGGCUGAUGCUAUCCACCAAGAGGAUCUUAACAACUCUCGCGGAUGAUGAGAUGCAAAGCAUUAGAAGUCUUAUUAAUUCAGCAAUUCUAGAUCCAAAUGUGAAGGGUGGGUUAAGAUGGCCCUUGGGGAGGACAUCUUCUGAAGGUAGAUAUUGUGUGGUGGGGGUUUCGCACACAAUAGCUAAAGAUUAUAAAAGUUCAUCAUUGAGGCUGAAAGUGAGACAUGCUGAUCGAUAUAAUUUUGGAACUUCAAUUGGGGAAGCUACAAGGGAGAUAACUCUGAAGCUGAAAAACAUUGUCUCAUUAUUACAGUUUCAGGAACAGGAGGUUGAGGUUAGUUUGGUUUCUGAGAUGCUUAAAGACCACUUGAGAUUGAUAUGGGAUCAUUUCUUAUGCUGUGAACAUUUUUUUGACAUGAAAUAGCAAAAAAGGCGGUGAAAAGAUAAAAAAAGAAGGGAUACCAUCUGGAAAAGGGCAGUUUGAAUAUUUUUUAUAUGUUUAUGGUGUAGUUGCCUAUGUCUUAUUGCAAUUUCAAGGAAAUGGGCAUUGAUUCAGGAUUGUAGUUUUUAGUAUAAGAUGAUACGUCAUCUUGUAUGGAAAUUUCAGAUGAGUUAUUGUACGUGUGUGUAUCAUAUGAAUCGUAUUGAAUUGUUGUCUAAGUGUGUAUUGUCCAAUGUAUAAACAUGUAAAUUUACUGUGUUUGUACAAAUAUAUGAGAUUGUGCGUGA